CGCCUUGGCACCAUUGAUGCUGUACGGCCUAUGACGACCGUAGUGCUUCCAGCGAGCGCUACACGUGCUUCGAGAGCAUCAUGAUGAACGGCUCUGCCGGGGUACAUAAUUGAGUAGGUUGAGAAGCUGCGCGAUGUUCUCCAGGAACCGUUCAGUGUUCGCUCGUCCAACUGCCAACUUCUCUGUCAAACGACUGUCAAACGAGGGAAAAGCCGUCGACCAUGACGCCGGAAGACAUCACGCCUGUCAUGUUUUCGCAAUAUCGAGUCGCCUUGUGCAAUUUUGCUAGUGCUGCUAUGUUGCUCUAUGAUUACAUCCUGACGAUUGAUCGAGAGAUGGAACUCAUCUGGAAAAACGCAAAUGGUGUCUCCGUCAUCUUCGUUUUCAACCGUGUCAUAACCUUGGGGCUCGUGUUUGCGUACGCCGCGCAGUUCCAACACUACUCGUAUGGGAGCUGCAAAGGUGCUUCAAUAGUUGACGUGGUCUUCAGCCUGCUCUCAUACAUGAUGUGGGCGGUCGUCUCCGGGCUGAGAGUAUACGCUCUCACGAAACGAAGCUGGGCACUGUCGGUAUUGACAUUCGUGUUGGGGAUGGCACCAUGGGUACCAGACGUGUACAUCGGAGCCACACUAUCCUUCGAUGUUAUCUCUCUGCCAGUGGGGAAUCGGGAUCUAUGUCAAGAAAACACUACCCUGAGCCAGGGAUUUCAACGGAAAGCACUCAUCAUAUGCCGCGUGUCUAGUAUCAUAUCCGACCUCAUCGUCCUCUUCGUCACCAUUUAUCGCAUAAGCCCCCGUUCUUUCGUAUACUCACGAAAGAUGUUCACGAAACGGUCAUUCGCGCAGAUACUGCUCAGAGACGGGUGUGUAUACUUUGUGAUGUUGACCACCUUCAAUGCGCUGGAAAUCAUCCUAUAUCUUGCCGCGGUAUGGAGUAUCUAUCUCUGUACGAAGCGACGCUUACGAAGUCACUAGGCAAGGGACUACAUCAACACCUUCAUUGCACCGUAUGUGUUCACAGAGUAGCAGCUGUAUCUGUGUCUCGGUUCAUACUGAACCUCCGCACUUACGCUGCCGCGCCCGGUACAAGUCUAGACUCGCAGGACGACUCCGAGGGCACCACCACGGCCAGGGAGUCAGCUUCACAGACACUGACCUUCGCAUUUGCUGCCGUGACAC